UAACUAAUGUUUUACAUUUAUUGUCAUUUAUUUAUAAUAAUGACGAUUAUUUAAUCUACUACAAAAUAAAGUUGUUAGUCUGAGUUUAUUUCAUAUUAUUUGCUAUUAUUUAUAAGAAACUCCCGUUUAAUAUUAAAAUAUGGUAACCGAAGGUGCAGGUGCAGGUCGACCUGACAGGGUAUAUUGCUAACAAUGACUGGCUGUCCGCCUGUGUCCGACUGUGGCUGGUAGUCCGCAUUACUAACAAUCCCUUCCCCCUCCCCCACAACUGUUAGUAAUAGAUAAUAAAAAAUAUAUAAAUUUAAAGGUUGAGGGUUGCCGGUAAAAGUGCAGCGAUCCCUUCCUCUGAUUGAGAGUCUAAUUACACACAGCGGAAAAAAGGGGGGAUAAAAGGGGUAGAUGAAAGAAGACAAGGAUUGAGGAGACAUGAUGCAAGAGGAGAAAAUCACCCUUCGUCUACGCCCAAGAGAACCCUGGAAGUAGGGCGGCUGUUCAAUUUAUGAAAAGUAGACAUAAAGAGAACCAAAAGGCAUUAAAUUAGGGUGGUUCUACAAUAGUUGGCAGAUUACGGCGUGAAUUGAACUGUCUUACUAAUUCAUAUUAUGAACGCUACAAACCAGCCAGUCAGCGGUCACGUGACAGUUGAACGACAUCUGUUCGUAUUUUGGCUGUUUAUUUCGUAUUACGAGCUCCUGAUUUGACAUUUCUACGCGUCAUUGACUAUUUAAAACUUGUUUACAAACCAUUCAGUUUACGGCGUCUGAUAUAAAAACAAUGAUGCAAUGUGUGAUUAAAUUUUAAAAUGUUAAUUAUGGAUUAAAUAAUAAAUAAAGACAUUAAUUUUUUUUAACUCAGCAAACUUUACUCCAUCAACAAUUGUUAAAUUCAUUUCAUACCCGCUUGCUACACUAGCGCUAUUCUGGAGGCAUUUACAGUUUUCAAGUGCACAUUUUUGCUGUUGUUCCCCUAUAUAAAAUAGUUCUCCUUAUAUACGUCUAUCUUUCCAUAGCAAUAUAUUUUUUAUAGAAUUGGUGACAAUGGAAUAUUUUAAAUUCUGGUCAGACUGUAAGAGUUAAGAAUUAAAAGUCAAUGUCAUUAAAUGACAGUGACAGUUUGUUGUGUUGGUGUUUAGUACUGGUAGUUUUGACUAUGUUUUGUAUAAUGAUUUAACUAUCUUAAAAGUUAGUUAAAAAUUCUAUUUAUAUAGGAAUCUUUGAAAUUGAAAAUGGACAACGGCUACGACGAAAUCCUCUCAGAUAACCCAUUUUUUAUUGAGUUAAAAAAUGAAUAUACAAACUUAUUCCAACACUGCAUAGAGCAGUCUUGGAUAAUAUGCGUACCGCGUAUUGGAAGUUUGAACACUCGAGUAUUUACUAUAGAGGACUUCUGCGCGCAUUUACUGGUCCCGAAUGAUGAACUUCCCGAAACAAACUACAGUACUCUAACAGAGAAACAAGUCACAAUCUCCAAUAAAGUAAUCACAGUGGAACUCGCUAAAGGCCUACCCCUACAAAGCCAUAUAUUGUUUGAAGAGACUUUCUACACUGAAGAUUUCAUCAAAUAUAAAGUGUGGUGUAUAGAAACUCCUCUUGAACCAGCCUCUAUAACUGAUGAUCACGCAAUAUUUAAAGAUUAUCUCACUUCCAUCAAUGAUUGUAUUGAUUUACUUUGGACGCAAGCAGCUGGUCGUCAAGUCCUUGAUCAAAUUGAGCAUAGUGUUCACAUGUUUAUGAAAAAACAUUCCUCUCUACCUGUAGCUAUGAGCCCUUUAAGGGAUAUUGUUAGUGAACUAUAUACUCAGUGCCUUCAAAUAGCAUUACAAAACAGAUGCCUACGAGAGAAAUCUAAAGCUUGUAAACAAGUUCUUGAUAAUAUUAAAUUAGCAGUAGAAUGUUAUAUGCAACAUUUAUUGUUUGAUUUUUUAUUCAAAACAAUAUGCACAUGUUGUGCAUAUGAAGAUUCUCAUCUUAACAAAAAAAUAAGAAAUAUGAGUGACAUACAAUUAAGAGAUCUGGAUAUCAAAAAGGAAUUGUAUCAUGCAGUACCUAAAGCAAAACAAAUUUUAUCCAAAAUUAAUAGUUAUCAUACAGUGUUAGAGAAGUUGUUGUGUAUUAAACAAGCGCUUAAUGCAAUUAACAACAUAGAUACAAGUAAUAAUAUAGUUCUAUUAACUGCUGAUGAUUUGUUGCCUGUUUUUGUUUUCCUGGUAAUUAAGUCAGGGUUACCAAACUGGUAUAGUCAACUUACAUUUAUGAAGGAGUUUCAUUUUAGUGGAGUAGGUAAAGGUGAUGGUGAUCAAAGUGCCUUCCUUAUAACCACCCUAGAAGCUGUAAUUGAACACAUUCAGUCAGGAGCUUUAGCAGGUCCCCCAGACCCUGAAGCUUACUACUAUGAAAGCAAUCUCACCGAAGAAAAUAUUAAUAAUAACCAAAGAAAGAGUAGUCUAACCGAGUCAAUAUCAACAUCUGAUACAAAUAGCAGAGAUGAAACUCUAGAAUACAUAUUUGAGUUAAUUAAAGCUAAUCACUCCGAACAAGUGCAAUCUAUAUUACAAAGAAACCAAAAAUAUUUAAGAAAUAUACAACAACAUCAGACAAAUAUAUUGAAAGUAACUUUAAAUGGUGAUACAUCAAAUGAUGAUGAUGAAAAUGAUGUUGACAUUUAUAAUAAGCUUUGUCAUCCAUUAUGUAAUUGUCAAAGAUGCUGUUCCAAGAUAUCCAAGAAUGUCUUGAAAACAUCUCCUACAGUGGCCUCUAGAGAUAGUCAUGGCCUUACAGCAUUGCACAUAGCAUGUAUACAUGGUAAGGCUACUAUUGUAGAAUCACUAAUUGAUAUGGGUUCAAAUGUCAAUGCUACAGAUGUUAAUGAAUGUACACCAUUACAUUAUGCAUCAUCUAGAGGACACCAAAAUGCCUUACUUUUAUUAUUACAUUCUGGGGCAAACAUUAAUGAAACAAAUAUUGAUAAAAACACCCCACUACAUUUAUCUGUCAACAAUGGCCACAUGAACUGUGUUAAAGCAAUUAUAUAUUUUGCAGAACAUAGCAGAAAAAAGGUUAUAAUAAAUUGUGUGAAUGAGAGUGGCAACACACCCUUACAUUUGGCUUCUAAAUGGGGAUAUGAAGGUAUAGCCAGGUUACUUAUAGAAAAUGGAGCUGAGCCCUCCUUGCCAAAUAAAAAUAACAAAACAGCAUUUGAUUAUGCACACAAUCUGAAAAUACUAAAUGUAUUGAAAUCAUGUACACCCAAUUUAUAUGAGUAUAUACAUAUAACCAGUACUGAUAUCAAUACACUGAAUCAUAAAUCUGAUGAUUCUAUAAGUCUGAAAUUAAAAAAAUUAUAUGUAAAAACGAAUAAGAAUAAUUCAUCAAAUGCAGUAGAAAAUUUGAAACUGAUCGAUAGAAUAUUACAAGCCAUAUCCUAUGGUGAUGUUAAGCUUGCUUGUUUUUAUAUGAAUAUUAACUAUGAAGCUUUUGUAGAUAAUGCAAAUUCUACCAAAGCUCUGUGUCACCCUUUGUGUGAAUGUACAGCUUGUAAAAAAAAAUGUGAAGCUUGUACAGAUUUUGAAGUUAACAUUUCUGAUUCAUUUGGCUUUACACCAUUACAUUAUGCUGCUCGCUAUGGAUUAGAUGAGUUGUGCAAUAUACUUCUACUGAAUAAAGCUAAUGUAAAUUGUGUUAACAAAAAAGGUCAAACUCCUUUACAUUUAGCCGUUUUGAAUAACCACACUAUUGUCAUCCGCACACUUCUAGACAAUGGUGCUAAUAUAAAUGUUAUAGAUUCAACAGGAAAUACACCAUUACACGAUGCAAGUGAAAUGGGUCAUAUUGGCGCCACUAAAGUGCUACUCAGUUAUAAUCCAGACACAAGCAUGUUGAAUGGAUCUGAAAAAUCAUCAUUAGCUGUAGCAAAAGACAAAGUACAUUUAACUAUAAUUGAUUUGAUAGAAAAACAUAGAAGUAAAAUAUAAGGAAAUAUAUUAAUUUAAUAUAGUUAAGAUCAAAUUUACAAAUUAUCACACUUAGUCAAGUACUUAGUGCAGAUUUAAAAUAAUUACAGUUUUAUCAAACAAUGUUAUUUUAAAUUAAUUUGCAUUUUAUUAUUGUUUGACAAUAGAUUUUUUUUUAUUAUACUAAUUUAAGAUUUGCUCAAAAUGUUAAUACUAAUAAGUUUCGAAAUGUACCUAUUAUUAAUAUGAAAUAAAAAAAAAGCUUUAACGCUUUUCAUAUAUUAUGUACAAAAUAUAAAAAACUGUAAGUAUGAAGUAUAUUAUAAAGAGACCUAUGAAAAGAAAUAGCAUAAAAUUUACAAAAAAACUAUCUGUAUUGUAAAAAUAUGUAUUUUCUAUGUGCCAUGAUGUACUGAACCCACUUAAAUUUAUAACUAAAAGACUGACUUAUUGACCUUCUAA